AUGGACAGCUUCUUUAUCAAGGACCGAUCCUCGCAGGCGGCCGCCACCAAGCGCAAGCGAGCGCAGCCCGGCGACAGCAAGAAGAGCCAAAAGGCAGCUGGAGCCGCGGCCACCAGUAAGAAGACCGGCAAGCAGACCGGCAAGCAGACCGGCAAGCAGACCGGCAAGCAGACCGGCAAGCAGACCGGCAAGUCAAAACAGCAAGGCGCCGAUGACGAGGACGACCAGCUCGGCGGAGACUUUGACGAUCUCGAUCUCGAGCGCAAGCAGAUCGAGAGCGAUGUCGACAGCGAAGCCGAGGCAGAAAAGGCCGAGACCGCCGCUCAGAAGCGCCUGCGACUGGCCAAGCGCUACCUCAAGGAAGUGCAAGAUAAGGUCCAGGUUGAUGCGGAAGGAGAGUUUGACGCCCGUGAUAUUGAUCGCGAUCUGAUCGCCGAGCGGCUCCGGGAUGACGUUCUGGAAGCGCAAGGUCGCAUGUUCCACAAAAUUGCCCACAAGUACGCCGAACUCAAUGUCACCGAGGACCGUAUCCGAACGUUCCGCGGAGGAAACAAGGGACACCAGCUGCCCCUGACCUGCCUCGCCUUUGCGGCUCCAUCAGUGCGGGUGCUGGCUGCGCAUGCUGCCGACAAGGGUCUUUCGAUCUCCUCGAUCGAUGCCGAGCGCAAGCCGUUGUAUCUCUACUCAGCCAGCAAGGAUGCCUCCAUCAUCAAAUGGGAUUUUUGGACGGGAAGACGGAUCCAGGUCUUCCCGGGUGCCCUCAAGCCCACCAAGCGGCUUCUGCGCGCCAUGCACGGAAAGGCACUCGCGAAGCAGAUCGGACACAACGACCACAUCCUCUCGAUCGAUGCCAGCUCCGACGGACAGUUCCUGGCCACCGGUGGCCGAGACAAGUCUAUUCACAUCUGGUCCGUCCUGGAAGACAAACACCUGCACACGUUCAAGCAGCAUCGAGAUGUCGUCUCGGCCGUUGCGUUCCGCAAGGGCACCAACCAGCUAUACUCGGGCUCGUAUGACCGGUCCGUCAAGCUCUGGAAUGUCGACGAGAUGUCGUACGUCGAGACACUCUUUGGGCAUCAGGACUGCAUCACAUCUCUAUCCACCCUUGCGCGCGAGCGGUGUGUGACCACAGGCAGCCGCGACCGCACACUCCGGCUAUGGAAGAUCCUGGAGGAAUCCCAGCUUGUCUUCCGUGGCGGCGGCUCUGGUGACCUGGAUGACUUGACUCCCAUGAACGGCUCCAAGAAAGGCAAGACCACCGGUCUGUUUGGCGGGUCUAUGGAUGUCGUCGCCAUGAUUGAUGAGGAAAACUAUCUCACUGGUAGCGAUAGUGGUGCGCUUUCGCUGUGGAACGUCAACAAGAAAAAGCCCAUCUAUACCAAGCUGUAUGCGCAUGGCACCAAGCCCGGCAGCACUCAGACCCAGACUGACGCCGCCGCACAGGCCGGUAUGGAUCUGGAUCAGGCUGAGCACACAUUCAAGUCGUCGGCAUCGGACAGCGAGUGUGGCUGGAUCACCUCGAUCGCAACGGUGCCGUACUCGGAUCUGUUUGCGACGGGCGCCUGUGAUGGCUCGCUCAAGCUGUGGAAGCUCAGCGAGACCAAAAAGACAUUCGGUCUGCUGCUCAAGAUCCCGAUGACCGGAUUCAUCAACUCGCUCAUGUUCUUUGAAGCCCCGGCCCUGCCCAAGGACGACGAUGACCGAGACAAGGGCUCGCUCUCCGCCCAGUCCGCGGCAGAAGCCAAGACACAGCCAAGCAAGCUGCAGAGCCGCAUGGAAAAGGCUCUGCAGAUUGCGGCGCUGUCGGCAAACAAAACGGCCAAUGUGCUGUACCUGGCCGUUGCCCUUGGCCAAGAGCACCGGCUGGGACGAUGGUGGAGGAUCAAGGAAGCCAAGAAUGUGAUGAAAGUAAUCACUCUUGGCUGACGGAUGCGUGAGAAAGCAUGGUUGGGGGAUCACGAGCGAUGUGGGAACAGAGCAAAGAUUCUCUCGACAAUAGAAGCUUGCCACUUUCCAUUGUUUGGCCUGUGGCAUCGUUGGUGUCGUUGGUGUCGUUGGUGUCGUUGGUGUCGUUGGUGUCGUUGGUGUCGUUGGUGUCGUUGGUGUCGUU